AGGCACGACUCCCAGCUUCACAGUGUUCAACUCUACACCCAGGAGCUGAAGAAGGGGCGAAGACAACCAGAACAUCAACUAACUAUGCGUCCUCGUGCAAACGUGUGUGUCGGCUGGGCCGCAUGCAUUUUGCUUGUUGUGUGUUUGUGCGUGCUGGCUGAAGGAUAUCCAACAAAGCCGGAGAACCCAGGAGAGGAUGCACCUGUUGAGGAACUAGCCAAGUAUUACUCCGCAUUGAGACAUUACAUCAACCUCAUAACGAGGCAGAGGUAUGGCAAAAGGUCCAACACUGAUGUAUUAACCCCAGACCUGCUGUUUGGAGAGGCAGAGAUACGACUGCAGUCCAGAUAUGAUGACCCUUUGAUGUGGUGAUAUCAGUGUAGACAAAUAUGUCUAUGCUUGUUCAGUCAACAUUUCCAUCACUGUUAGAGGCAAUAACUUAUGACAUCAUCAAAAAUGGCUACUUCCACCACUCCAUUGCAUUGAACUUUUUUGUUCUCAUAUGUGGUAAAUCUCUAGCAAGCACAAGGCUACACCAAACUUGUUAGUUAAAGAGUUUGUAACAGUGUUAGGUCUGUUUAGAACAUAACUGCAUGGUUUCAUCUACUGCUCAUGAGAUCAUGAAACAUCAUUGAUUUGCAUGUAAUUCCCAGCAUCCCCUAUGUAUAUACACAGUAGAUAUAUAGACUUACUGUAUUUAUGUUUGUUGUCUGCAAUGUAGCUGCACUAAUAAAG